AUGACACUGCUGCCAAUGAGAGUGAAAAUCAGAGAAACACAGUGUGUGCGUAGGGGGACUAAAUGUAGAUGGUAUAAAGACAAAGGUGGCACAGAGCUGACAAUUGGGGCACUCAACAGUGUCGCAGAUACUACAGAUGCUACAGAUGAUACUACAGAUACUAUAGCUGAUACUACAGAUACUACAGCUGAUUCUACAGAUGAUACUACAGAUACUACAGCUGAUUCUACAGAUGAUACUACAGAUACUACAACUGAUUCUACAGAUGAUACUACAGAUACUACAGCUGAUUUUACAGAUGAUACUACAGAUACUACAGCUGAUUCUACAGAUGAUACUACAGAUACUACAGCUGAUUCUACAGAUACUUCAGCUGAUUCUACAGCUGAUUCUACAGAUACUACAGAUGAUACUACAGAUACUACAGAUGAUACUACAGAUACUACAGCUGAUUCUACAGAUACUACAGAACUUAGCACACAUAAAAUGUAG